GGUACCUACCGCGCCUGGAACGCGCCUGGCAGCCUACCGACUUACCAAUCGAAGGGGUCUCUGGGAUCAAAGCUGUGACUCUCAUUCUGCUGGCGUAAUGAGUCUUGGGGCCAAUGGCACACAUCUCGGUGCCAGAGCCUCUCAGUCACUGCCAGCAAUGAGACUUAGCCGCGGUGUCGGCUCGGCCAUCUCGUUACCCUAUCCUAUAAGACACAGCGCUGCCGGGUGUUAUAGAUCUUAUAGCUGUCUGCCUAAGAUGUCGGAUAAUGUACGACUUUGGCAUUUGAGCCAUGGAAUCGUGUUCGCUGGCAAUAGAGAAGUGCUCUACCCCCGACUGCCUCGCGCGAAGCUCCACAGCGCUGCGACGGUACCUGAGGGUGGCGACGAGACAGUCACGCUAUCCAGCGUGUGUAUCCGCACCGUUGAUCAGAGCUCACCUGUGGAAGGCUCGGCCAGUGCUGCUAAGGAUGCAGGGAACCGCUUACCAGACGAGACUGGUACUCUGGUGGGAGAUCCCGAAGGGGCUGAGAAUAGAGGAGCCGCCGGGGAUGAAGCAGCCACUAUUGACGAUGUCGCUUGUGACGAUCCACCUCCAGCAAUCCUGGACUAUAGGAUCCCACCAGAUGCGUUUCGGGAGGCAAAACUCGCAGACCCGGGCAGCCCGGAGUCCUUCUGGUCGUACGCCCUGUAUCGCGGACCGGGCGAGGACGGCUCUGCCGAUGCAAAGGUGAAAGUUCACUACUGCAAGACGAAACACACAACGGAGCGGGUUCUCCAACAGUACUUCAUGAACGAAGAAGUCCUAGGUUUCGACCUCGAGUGGGCACCCUCUGCCACGAGAUAUCAAAGCGCCAGGCAAAACGUCAGCCUGGUCCAGCUUGCGAGCCAGAGUCGGAUUGCCCUGUUCCAUCUGGCAUUAUAUCCGAAGAACGACGACUUGGUCGCCCCAUCACUGAAGAAGAUCAUGGAAGAUCCAAAAGUCACAAAAAUCGGCGUCGCCAUCAAGGGUGAUUGUACCAGGUUGCGCAAUUUCUUGAAGGUUGAAUCCCGCGGCAUCUUGGAGCUGAGUCACCUGUACAAGUUGGUAAAGCACUCGUCUCGCGGGACUUUCCAACAUGUCAAUAAGAGACUCGUCAGUCUAGCUACACAGGUCGAGGAGUAUCUCCAUCUCCCGUUAUUCAAGGGCUCCGACGUUCGCUCGAGUGACUGGACUCAACAAUUGCAAAUGGAUCAGAUCAUCUAUUCUGCGUCCGAUGCAUACGCUGCAUUGCAACUAUAUUUCACCCUUGAUCACCAGAGGAAAAGUCUGGAUCCGGUGCCCCCUUUGCCGCACCACGCGGAACUUAACCUACCCAUACGACUCGGGGAUGGCAUCAGUAUUACAACGUCGGAUGAGGGGUUAGAGGCCCCCGAAGGCGAAGACGACACAAAAAAUGGCCCAACUCUCUCGGCUCGAUAUCUGAAGUCGCUGGGCGAUAGCAUAAAAAUCGAACCGGACGGCGAGGAUAGCGAGCCGAUCCUCAAAGAAACCCCGCGACCUCGGAAGGCAGCCAGCCCUGCCCAGCAGGGCCCGAAGGACUCGAGAAUCGUCGACGCUGAAACUUGGCUGGCGCAAUAUCGCCUAAGCAACGCGGGCGGUGUCCGCGCGGCGGCUUCGUCGCUUCGCGCGUACCGCAUAUGGUUCUGCAACAGGGAUCUCGAUCCCGAAGCGAUCGCGAAGCUCCUUCGGCAGCCUCCACUGCAGACCGCGACUGUGGUGAAUUACGUUUUGGAGGCCAUCAGGAUAGAGAAGCUCCCGUACGAUGCCGCCCGGCUCCAAACCGAGCUCCUGGACCUACUCCCGGGGGACAUACAGGCGAGACGGUACAAGGCUCUCGUGAAGGCAUGUCAGGGGGCGAUAGACGCGUCGACUCAAACACCAGCCGGACAAUCCAGCUAGCCGGAUAUAUUUCAGGGCCAAAAACAAAAAUGUAUAUUUCAAUCAUUGUGGGGGUAUAACAAUCUCAUGAACAGAAGCUCACGAGGCGAGGAGGUCCCGCCCCUUAUUUACCUGCACCUUCUUGUCCUCGCCGCCGCUCACGAUCCCAAGCGUCUUGUCCCACGCCACUCCGAACACCUUGCAGCCCUCGCCAGCGACGGGCCGCUUCCUGCCCUUGCGGCUCUCGCGCUCGAAGACGUAGACGGGCUCGCUGACGCUGCCGACGCCGCCCUCGUCCUUGGCGGCCGGGCGGACGCUCCGGAGGUCCCAGAUGCGGCAGG